UGCUCCCCCGCCCCGGCCCGGCCCGGCCCGGCAGGGCCCCGCGGCGGGCACCGCUCGGCGGCGGGCAGGGCAUGGCGGGCCGCUGAGAUGAAAGUCACCGUGUGCUUCGGGCGGACCGGGAUCGUGGUGCCCUGCAAGGAUGGGCAGCUCCGCGUGCGGGACCUCACCCAGCAGGCCCUGCAGCGCUACCGCAAGGCCCAGGAUAAGGAUCCAAAUUCCUGGGUAAAUAUUCACCACCUGGAGUACACAGAUGGAGGAAUCCUGGACCCAGAUGAUGUACUGGCAGAUGUUGUGGAAGACAAAGAUAAGCUGAUUGCUGUUUAUGAAGAGCAAGAAACUCACCACAAGACUGAUGGUACCAAUGGUGACUUGACAGACAGAAAUAGCCCAGACUCCUUUGAGACUGAGGUAGCAGCUCAGCUGGCUGCCUUUCAGCCCAUUGGUGGUGAGAUUGAAGUGACUCCUUCUGCCCUAAAACUGGGCACACCACUUCUAGUACGAAGGAGCAGUGAUCCAGCUUUGGGCCCACCUGCUGACUUCCACGCAAGUGCUUCUCAUCCCAGUGACCACAGUCUCAAGCAUAUUUUGGCAGGUGCUUGCCAGGUAUCCUUUCAGGAUGGGGACAUGAACCUCACUGGACCCACAGAACUCUUGCCUCAGAGGUCCCGGCUCCCUGUCAGUGAAAUGACAAAAACAGUGGAAAUUUCUGGGGAAGGUGGACCCUUAGGAAUACAUGUAGUGCCCUUUUUUUCAUCUCUGAGUGGAAGGAUGCUAGGCCUCUUUAUCCGUGGUAUUGAGGAAAACAGCAGAUCGAGGCGUGAUGGACUUUUCCAUGAAAAUGAAUGCAUCGUGAAGAUUAACCAUGUGGACCUUACAGAUAAAACCUUUGCACAGGCUCAGGACAUUUUCCGUCAGGCAAUGAAAUUUCCAAAUGUCAUCUUGGAAGUCCUUCCUCCGUAUAAUCGAGAACAAUAUGAGAAGUCUGCUAUUGCUCCUCUUUGUUUUUUGGAUAAUGAAGGAGUUCCAAAACCAAAGAUUCCACCUCCUGUUCAUCCAAAACCUGCUUUGAAAACGAUUAAUAAUUCUGGAACAAACAGCUUUGAGUCAGGUGCACAGGCAACCCUGCAGCAAGCUAAGAGCCCCAACCUCCCACGGCUGGCUAGAAAGUUGUCUUCUCCCUCACUGUCUCCUCUUAUGGGCUUUGGAAAUAAAAGAAAUGCAAAGAAAAUAAAGAUAGACUUGAAAAAAGGUCCAGAUGGACUUGGUUUCACUGUGGUCACAAGAGACUCUUCAGUACAUGGUCCUGGCCCAAUUUUUGUGAAGAAUAUUUUACCAAAAGGUGCAGCAGUAAAAGAUGGUCGUUUGCAGUCAGGAGACAGAAUCCUGGAGGUGAAUGGACGGGACAUUACUGGCAGGACACAGGAGGAGCUGGUGGCUAUGCUGAGGAGCACAAAGCAAGGGGAAACUGUCUGUCUGAUCGUGGCUCGUCAGGAGGAGGCCUUUCUACCUCGAGAACUGAAAGGAGAGCCAAACUGCAGUAUUCUUUCUCCAGAAACCACAGAGCAGCUGACCUUUGAGAUCCCUCUGAACGAUUCUGGCUCUGCUGGACUUGGUGUGAGCUUAAAAGGCAAUAAAUCUCGAGAGACUGGAGCUGAUCUUGGGAUUUUCAUCAAAUCCAUUAUUCACGGAGGUGCUGCCUUUAAGGAUGGCCGUUUGCGAGUCAAUGAUCAGCUUGUUGCAGUAAAUGGGGAGUCACUUCUGGGCAAGUCAAACCAUGAAGCCAUGGAAACACUGAGGCGCUCUAUGUCCAUGGAGGGGAACAUUCGUGGGAGGAUCCAGCUGGUAGUUCUCCGGAGGCUAGAGGUGCAGACAGAGGAUCGCUCAGACCAGCGACUCUUUCAAAAAUCAGCAUUUGAAGGGAGCCAUAACUUUGCAGCUGCUUCCCGACGUGAUGGUGCUGCUCUUCAGCAGUUCCUAACGUGCAAUCCUCAAGAAAGAAUAAAAGAGUUGCCGGUGUCCGAUCGUGGCAAUACUGAAAAUGAAACUCCUCCACCUCUCCCACCACAUCCCAGCGAAGAUCUGCUGGAUGGAGAUUAUACUCACAGCCCUAUCAUAAAUUCAGUAGUGCAUUUAACAGAUCAGCACAUCAACUUCAGAUCUUUGACACCAGCCAAGCAGCCUGAAUCAAUUAAUCUGAAAGCCUCGAAAAGCAUGGAUCUGGUGGCAGACGAAAGCAAAGUCGGUUUGUUGGCCGGACACAAAUCAGACUCUUCUGACAAAGAUUUUGGUCCUACUCUGGGAUUGAAGAAGUCCAGCUCUCUCGAGAGUCUUCAGACUGCUGUGGCUGAAGUUAGGAAGAAUGAGCUCCCUUUUCACAGACCCAGACCUCAUGUGGUCCGUGGCCGGGGGUGUAAUGAGAGUUUCCGAGCUGCCAUUGACAAGUCUUAUGAUGGUCCUGAAGAUGGAGAGGAGGAUGGUUUCUCUGAUAAAAGUUCUCACUCUGGUCAAGAAGCUCAGAACUUGGAAUCUCCCUCUCCAGGGAACCCUGAAAUAGAAGAUGCUGAAUCCAAAGCAAAAAAGGAAAAAAAAAAUAGAGAGAAAGAGAAGAAAAAGGAAAAGGGCAAAUCUAAAAUCAAAGAGAAGAAGAGGAAGGAAGAGAAUGAAGAUGUGGAAAAGAAAAAGAAGAAAGGCUUUGGUGUCAUGUUGAGAUUUGGAAAGAAAAAAGAAGAUAAAAGUGGGAAAACAGAUCAGAAGGGGAAUCUGACGCAAGGCAUGCUUAAAGAAGAGGAGCUAGAGAAAAUGAAAGAUGAACGUGAAAGGAUUGGUGCAAAGCAUCAUGAGUUACGGCAAAAGCAACUGAGAGGCCUGAGUGAUUAUUCUGCUGGUCCUGGAGGACCUGACAUUGACGAUGAUGAGGUGGAUCCCAACUAUGCCAGAGUAAAUAAUUUCCGAGAGGCUUAUCCACCGGCAAGCAUCUACAGGCCAUCAUCACCAGCAGUAGCAGAAACCUUUGUGUAUCCACGUGAUUCUCCUUCAGCACCAGUGGAGAGGGAGCACUUGGAAGGACUGUAUGCAAAAAUAAACAAGCAGCAUUACCCACAGACUCCUGGCGACAGUGGCUGCACAGCCGGUGGGAAUGCUGAUCGUAUCCAGAAACUACGGAAAGAGUACCAUCAGGCCAGGCGAGAAGGCUUGCCUUUUUAUGAGGAUGAUGAAGGAAGAACACCGCUGCCUGAUUAUGAUCAGCAUUGGGUGCCUGGAAAAGGUCCAGAUGGGAGCUCGUACAACCUCCAGUUUGAGGGAAUGGAAAGGCAGUAUGCAUCCUUACCCAGGCGUGGACCUGCAGAGCCAUUGGAGUAUUUAACAGGACCACGAGUAAUAUACAAAGGGAGAGAUCUUCCCUACUAUCAAGGAGGACAGCCUGUUGUCCACCCAUCUAAGGGGAACUACAUCCAUGCGGCAGACACAAGAGUGGCAGAACUGAGGUACCCCCAGUACUACUCCGCCCAGCCCGUCAUAAACCAUCAUAAAGGGCCCCUGCGGCAGGAUGUGCCACCUUCCCCUCCUCAGUCUCACCGAGCACCAGCCUAUAACGACGUUGUCCGGCACCAUGGAACCAGUCCAGACCGGUACCAGUACAGGCAACAGGAUCCCAGGCAGAAGAACCCCAUGACUGCAGCUGUAUAGCCACACACUAGACUUGCCAGCACAGCCUGGGAGUAAACCUGUCAGACGCCAUCAUUGUAGAUUGUUCUCAAGUGUAACCACCUGUAAGAACGGCACAGGAGACCUGGAGCAGUUCUUACUGAGCUGGGCUCAGCAGAGGUGCUUUCUAACAGGUGAACUAAAGCCACAUGAGGUACGAUGUGUUUCAACUGUGUGAGGUACCAGACAGAUGAGUAUUUUUUAAUUCCUUUUAAAAAUAGAAAGUGGCUGCUGGAAACAAAGUGCAACACUUAAUGCAGCUCAGGGUUAUUUACCGUAUCCAGUUACACCUAUACAGCGCACAGUUGUUUGUGUAAGGGCUGCGGUGCCACCAGAGUUUACUUCAGAGUGCUGUUGCAGAGCCUGUAGCUGAGAGCACAGCAUACAGUAAAGACUUUGUGCAGAGCUGGGGAUCUUGUAAUCCAGUAUGUAAUCAAGAGUUGACAAGGGACUGCCACAGAGGUGGCGACCACAUUCCAGGCACAUUCAGACCAGCAGCUCUGGCUUUAAGGAUGCUGCAGUUCCAGAUUUGUAACCUAGCCUCUCUCUUCCUUUCUGUUUGGUGGUGGCAGCCAUCUUGUAGCCUGCAAAAUGCAGUUUGUGUAGCAAGGUUCUCCUUUCAUUGAACCUGCUGCAUUUGGAACAAGGCAAAACACUUCAUCCACCGUGCUUGGGCAGGCUGUCAUAGGACAAGGCAGCCAGCCCCCUAGGAAAUGUGUAUCUGUAGAUAUGCGUUUGUGUGCUUGUGAGCAUUUCUUACUUACACAGUCUGCACUCGUUAAAUGGAAACCCUGGAGAUGGGAUCCUCAGCUGCUGUCAGGAAGUGCUGCUCUUGGGCUUUCAGUGGAGCUGGCCUAUAAAGCAUGGACUCCAUAAACUCCUUUUAAUUUACUCUGUUGGUGCUGCCUUGGCUCCAGCACUCUGACUGGGAUGUACCUGCCAGUGGCAUGCCCUGCCCUCCUGUGAACGCACCUGUUGGUGGGAGGGCUGAAUCAAGCUCAGCCUGUGGCAGCACCAGGCUGGCACCAAGUGCCAAACUACUCAACUUCCUUCUGCCAGAGGCUAUUAGACCAGCAGGAAAAGGGACUCUUCAACAGCAAAGCAUCAACAGAAAAGGCAAGGAAAGCCACAGAGAGGGCUUCAAAACCCAGAGGCCCAGGAGAAAUAGGAAAUAACUGUUGUUUUGUGGCAAGGUGCCUGCAGAAGUGCAUAGGAAGACAGAAGAUGAGGGGCUCAGCAGCAUGAUGGAGCUGUGAGAGAACAGGGCAGUGGGUUAUAUGCCCAGCUCUUUGCCCUGCACAGCUUGAGCUUGCUGUGCAGCCUGUCAGCCUGGGAGGAGGUCAGAAAUGCAUGUCCCCAGCCACAGGACUUGUGCUAUGCAGCCCAGUGAGGCUGGCGGUGCUGAAAUCUUUGUCUUAAGGAUUUUGUCAUAGAGAAAUCAUAGUCUUGCCACCUAGAACUUUUAUGAAGUUUCAAAGUGUCCUUAAUUACUCAACCUCUGCCUUUUGUUAGUGCUGUUAAGCCAUUUGGGCUCCUCUCCUUAUCAGAGAGAGACUGUGACCUGGCCAAGGAUUCAGCACAAGGAUUUCUUUGAUAUCUUUUUGACACCUUUAGCAUGCCACAGAUUAAAUCACAAAGGUCGCUUCCCAGGUAUUAAAUGUCACUGGGAAGGUUUGUCCUGUUAGAAGCACAUCCCUUUAAUGGACAUCCCUGGAAAAAGGGCUUGUUACAGUGAGAGAUCUAUAAGCUGCAGGGCCUUUGCUCAACUGCUUCCCAAAGGCCACUGCCGGUAGGUAAUGGUCCUAAUGAGAAGCAGCAUUUAGUCCCAGCCAUCAUUCCUUCUGUGCUGCUAAUGCUGAUGAGAGACCAGCAUAACCCUGAGACAGAGGGAGCACUUGUGGCUGCCCAGCUGCCUGGCAGACUCUAGCAUGCGCAUUCACACUGAUCUCUACCCACCAGCUGGACUGUGAAGCAGGCAAGAGGACACAGCUUUGGGGUGGUGGAGGAACAUCGUCAUGAUUCAGAUACAGGGCUGGACUCUCUGGAGCAGGGGCAGAUGCAGCUCUAAAUCCAGUCAGGAGGAAGCAUUGGUGGGAGGGAGAGAGGGAGAGGAAUGCAUCCAAUUAUGAAGCAAGCAUGUUCAAUUCUUGUUCCAUUUCUUUCUGCCCUCUUCCCUAGUACUGUAGGAGGGAAAAGCCUCUGGAGGGAGGGCUGGAUGUAAAGCUGGAUGUCUCUCAGUACCCUCCAUAAAUAAGGCACAUUCCCCAAGGGAACUCUGCCUGUCAUGUACGUGCAGCACACAGCCUUGUACUUCUCUCAAAGAGUUUUGGAUGCUGUAGGAUACUCAGCCAGGACUUGGCAGCCACAGAGUAGCCGCUGGUGUUAUGAAAGCCUGUUGAAAGUGAAGCAAAAACAAAUUAAAAUACUUUCCUUUCCCUUCUUGAAAUAUAAGCCCUGAUACAUUUGAUCCAGCUGUAAGGAAACUAGUAUAUUUGUGACAGUGGCUUUAUCAAGCCAGGCCACAAUUAAGAACAGCUCUGAAUAAAAGCUACUGUCUUUAUAAAUCACUCUCAGCUAACCUUUCAAAUGGCAUCACAGCACAGCGAACAGAACUUAGAGUAUUUCAAGAACCAGGGCCAAAUAAAAUCUGGAUGGAAACAGCUCCUGGGUUAUUUAUAGCAUUUGAAGGACCUGCACAAUUGUCUCCCUGUAACCUGAAUCUCUCCUUAAGAGCUACCCUUGACAGCAUCUACUCCACUGCAUUGAGGCAGACAGAUCAAACAAACACCUUUUGAGCUGUUAAUCUUACCAACAGGUUAUUAAACAGUACAGAGCUUCUUUAAAAAACAAAAAGUGCUGGAAGUAUAAUAUAUGGAUGCAUCCUACAGAUGAGGAGCUAAGGAGGAACAACAGUCUGACCUAGCUGGUGGAACAAGACCAAAAAAGUAUUACAAAGUAUCUCGUCAAUCUCUGGUGCCAUUGUUCUGGGAGAAAAUUGCCGUUUGCUGGUUUAACAUCUGGUAGAGGUACGGUAUUUUCAGAAGUAUAAUAUGUAACUACAGUAUAUAUAGUCAGCUUCUCUGCAGUGUAAAAUGUAUGAUUUUAGCACCAUAUUGUGGAAAAAUAUGUACCAUGCAGAAUUCACGAGGUGCUACAACUGACGGUUGAAAAUACACACUUGCAAAAUCCAAAAGAGCCGUUAAGUAACAAGUUGUUCUUUUCCCCAUAUGUCCAUAUGGUUGGGAAAAUUAUGAGUCUGAAAUGCUCUUGACACGUAAUUGCCUUGCACUCCCUCAUCCAAAAUGUGCCAGUCCAGCAGAAGAGUUCCUGACGUAGUGGAUGCGAGGUGGAGGGUUUGGCUUUGCCGCAGGAGCAGCAUGCCGUAAGUGUGCGUAUGAACGGGACUCAAGACAAGGACAAGAGAGGGCCACUCUCACAUGAAGCUGGAAGCUUUGAUUUCCUGAGCUGGUAGCAUGCAGCCUGUGUUUCUGGCUCUGGCACAGGGCCAGCUGGGCCCAGCAGUUGAAAGAUUAAGAGAUAGAAAAAGAGCCUGUGGAUUUUCUGAGUGACCACCCACUAGUGAGCCAUGAUCUCGGCCUGCGAGCAGAUCUUACCACUGUGAUAUAUUACGAUGCCGAAGUCCCCAGGCACCCCCUGAAUGCAUAAAGAAGUACCAGUUGCCCUCUGUGGAAAUGAAAAGGGGAACUAAGCAUUAAAAACCAACAACGACAACAAAAAUCCCAACCUAAAAAGGCUUCUGCCUUGAAAAAGUGCAUGAAGCCCUGAAUUCCAAUUCACUCCAGCUUCCUGAUCUAGAAAUAGCUUCACAAGCUGCCUGGUUUUUUUUUACAGAUUAAUUGUGCUACCUCCUCCCAGACAUCACAGAUUUGUUUAUCAAAGAGUUAGUGUUGUGUGAGUGAAUCCUCUGACUGCUCUGCCAGGGCUGCAUCCUGACACCCUGCUCUGAGCAGGGACUGCUUUGCACUUCCAACAGGCCCUACACUUGUGCUUUCCAGCGCAGUUGUCCUGUAGAGUCUCUAAGCCUUAUGUGCAAAAUGCGAGGCACUAUUCAUUAUCUCUGCAGAGAAAGGAAAGCUUCCUAAGAUGCUGUUCUGUUAUUGUAGGGGAGAGAGAGGUGUUUGUGAUCCUGGCAAUACCUCUGUGUUUAGAUGAAAUUUUAAAAUCACACGUGAUUGUUUUGAGGGAGAAAUCCAACACACAAUUUGAGAAGCUUUUUUUCUAGAACCACAUCCAAGAUUUUUGAUCUUUUGUUACAUAUGGCUAUAUAAAUCUUACCUGGUUUAUUUUGCAUUAAAAUAAAGGCUUUAAGACUAUA